GAGAAAAAGCAAGAAAGCACGCUCCUCCUUGACCUCCUCUAUCGCAGCAGUCUUCUCCGCUCCUGUCUCUCUCUCUCUCUUUCUCUCUCCCUGCCUUCCGCCAUUAAGAAAGCCAAGCGCCGCCAUUCUUUCUAUUUAUAUUCGUACAAAUACGGAAACGCAUACGUAUAAAUAUUCAUGUGAAAAAAAAUUUUCCAUGUCUCGAUAACGCAACGGAAACAAAUCUAGUAAACCCCUCGCGCAAAACCAAUGUACGGAGGCUCCUCGAAGCUGGGCCGCGGAGGAGGUGGCGGCCGUGGGGGCGGAGGCCCUCGGAACCGCUCUUCGUUCCCUCCGCCUCCGCCACACCGCCCCGCCGCCCCAGCUGGAAGGCUAUCUCUUGGCUCCGCCCCUCGUAACCGCCCCGGGGUCGGGGGCGGUUUGGGACCCGCACCGGCUGUGGAAGAGAGCUUUUCCCUUGUGUCUGGGAACAAUCCUUUGGCUUUCGCUAUGAUCAUAAGGUUGGCGCCAGAUUUGGUGGAGGAGAUCAGGCGGCUUGAGGCUCAAGGAGGGACGGCCAGAAUUAAAUUUGAUUCAAUUCCGACUAACCCUAGUGGAAAUGUCAUUGAUGUUGGUGGCAAGGAGUUUAGGUUUACAUGGUCACGGGAAUUUGUUGAUCUAUGUGAUAUAUAUGAAGAACGUCAAAGUGGUGAAGAUGGAAAUGGUUUGCUUGUUGAAUCUGGGUGUGCUUGGCGGAAGUUGAAUGUUCAACGCGUCUUGGAUGAGUCAAUGACAAACCAUGUUAAGAUGCGGUCAGAGGAAGCUGAGCGCAAACAUAAAUCACGCAAAGCUAUUGUAUUAGACCAUGGAAACCCUUCCAUGAAGAAUCAAAUAAAGCAAUUAGCUGCUGCUGAGGCUAGUCCGUGGAAGUCACACUUCAAGAAGAAGGAGCCUGCUUUUAAGAAGCGGAAAGUUGAGACGGCUCAAGCGGCUGUUGGAGGCCCUCCUAAGUCUGGCUAUAAAUCUGGAUUAAUUUCAGCUUCUAAUGCAAAAGGAGGACGCUCAACUUCCCCUAUACCGUCUCCACCUGAGCGCUCUGGUGCUGCAGCAUCUCCUAUUGGAAUAGGAAAUAUCUCCAAGGUUCACUCAGGCAUUGAGGAUGUCAUGCCUCCCCAGGUGAAGAGCAAAGAAAAUGCUUCCAGCUCUGAGAAAGAAAUACCAACCAGGGCUACUGGUGCAGUGCGUGAGAUGCCUGGGCGCAGAGGAAACUUUGGACCUAAGCCAAUGGACUUGCAGAGUCUGCUGAUUACUCUACUGAAGGAGAAUCCCAAGGGGAUGAGCUUAAAGGCCUUAGAGAAAGCUGUUGGGGACACAAUUCCAAACUCGGCCCGAAAGAUUGAGACAAUUGUAAAAAAAAUUGCAACUUUCCAAGCUCCAGGUAGAUAUUUCUUGAAACCAGGAGUGGAGUUGGAUAGCUUAAAGAAACCUUCGUCUGAAAGUGGAAGUUCACCUGAAGAUAACCAUCAUCAGACUCCAGCUCCUGAAGAAAACCAUGACCAGACCCCUGCUCCAGUAGCAAGCAUAGUGGAGAAAGUUAGUGAAAUGGAGGAACAGAACCAUUUAGACUCUAAACUUGGGGUAGAAUCAAAUGUGUUAGAACAAAUUGACAUCCAACAACAUUCACCUGAUUUGGGCGGUGACAGAAAAGCUUCUGACAAUAGUGAGGGGCAGGCAAAUAGUGCUAGUGACAGUGGAAGUGAUAGUGAUAGUGACAGUGACAGCAGUGAUAGUGGAAGUGACAGUGGAAGCCGCAGUAGGAGUAGGAGCAGGAGUGGAAGCCCAGCAGGAAGUGGGAGCGGUAGUAGCAGUGACAGUGAAAGUGAUGCUUCUUCCAACAGCAAGGAAGGGUCUGAUGAGGAUGUGGAUAUAAUGACAAGUGAUGAUUACAAAGAGACCAAGCAGGAUUUACAGGCCUCUGAACCAGGAGUGGUGCAAUCACCUAUACCAUGGCAAACUGAACAUGACAGGCCUUUACAGAAUGGGAUGGAUGAAAAUCAAGAUGGUGAUGGAUCUGAUGCAGUUGAUAUUGAAGGUAAUGGAUCUGAUGCUGUUGAUGUUGAAGGUCAUGGAUCAGAUGGUGUCGACAUUGAGAAAGACUUGCCUGAAGAUGAACAGCAAAUUGGAAUGGCUGUCAGUACUAGAAAAGAGGGUGAAAAACCUGAGGAAGGAGCAAAACCCUCUUCAUCUGAUUGUGAUGAACUCCAGGAGCGUCAAAAUUUCAUAGGAAAUCUGUUUGAUGAUGCAGAAAAUCUUGUUAAGGAUAGUGUCAGGCAUGAGCAAUCUGAUAACUCUGAGAGGUUACCCAAAGCUAAAUCCAAAAGAGGAUCUGAUCUGAAGCACAUAGAUGAGAAGUCUGAACGUACUAAAAGAUUGAAGUCAGAAAGCUUGUCUCAACCGCAUGUUUCUGGGAGUAGAGAUCCCAAUUUUUUUGGGAGUAUUCGUAAUUUUUCUCCUAAUAGACCCAUAGAUGACCCUUACCAAAGCUCUUCUGUUCAAAUGAUGAAUAAAGGUGACAGAGAAGAACAUGCUGAUUUUGGCUCUCAAAAGGGAUACAAUCAGGUGUUUCCAAGAAAAUCUAGUUCAGAUUUUCAUCAAUCUGGUCGUAGGCCUUCUGAUCAAGGUGCUUGGGCAAAGGCUACUAUUGCAGCAGAAAGGCCUAUGAAACAUACUGAGAGCUCAGGACAUGGUCGUAAGUUCUCUGAGAAGAGUGUGCAUGAAGGUCAUUUCAUUCAAAAGGAUAACCCUUCUAGGGACACUCAAAAUGAGGAUGGUUUAAUGAAGGACAAAAAGUUACCAAGAAAUACUAAGGAAGGUGGUGCUGGAGGUAAAAAUGCUGUGCCCUCUGAUUUUCAUCACAGGAAACUUGGUGAAACUGUUGGAAAGUUCAAGGAUGCUGGACAAAUUUCAAGCUCAUACAUUAAUUCUCCCCCGAAGGAUAACAGCAGGGUUACUGCAGAUAGAUAUCCGGUUAAUGGGAAAAGCAAUAUGCUCCAAAGAGAGCUUUCACACUUAGAGUUAGGCGAGAUUCGUGAGCCAUUGGUUGAGGAAACUCCAAUAAAGAAGCAAUUUGAGAGAAAAAGUUCCUUUAAACAGUCAGGCAGUGGACCAAGCACCUCAGAGAACUUUAAUCCUGAUCUCAGCAGGGGCAAAUCUGUUGGGAAGACAAAUUGGGAUUCAGGAAAGCCAUCUCCACCCAAUCUAAGCGGGCUUAGAAGAACCCCAGAAUAUCAUGUUGAAGAUUUGACAAGAUCACAUCUUAGGGUUGUUCAGUCUCAGCCGCAACAUCUCUCAAGAGUAGACCGUCCAGAAGUUGGGUCACACUCUAACAAAUUGGCAGAUACUAGUAGUAAAACCAGACAGAAUGAAACUGGUGCAAAACUGGGAGUUGAUCUGGAGGGUUAUGGUGAAAGCCACAAGAAAGCACCAGCUAGUGCCUCACAACCGCAGGAAUCAAAACGAGGAUCAGUGUCCCAGGUCAUAAAGGACAGUAAAACACUUGCAUCUAAUAAAAUGGUGGAUGUGACUGAUGGGCGUAAGGAUACAGUUUUGGCGGAGGGCAAUGUUAAUGGUCGAAGGAAAAGGGGGUCUUCUUCUGAUGAAGAGUGUUGUCCUUAUUCUAAGCAUGAAAAAGAUGAGCCAGAGUACAGGGGACCAAUCAAGGAUUCAUCUCAGUAUGAAGAAUAUAUGAAUGAGUUUCGUGAAAAAUAUGAAUCUUACAAUGACUUGGACAAGACCCUACAAACUUAUAGGAAUGACUUUGAAAAGCUGGGUAAGGACCUCGAAUAUUCGAAAGAUAGGGACAUGGAUAAAUAUUAUAAGACCUUGAAUCUAUUGCUGGAGUCUUAUCAACAGUGUGGAAUGAGGCACAAAAGACUGAAGAAAAUAUUUGUUGUGCUCCAUUAUGAAUUAAAGAACCUUAAGCAGAGGCUUCAUGAGUAUGCUCAGUCACAUUCAAUAGAUUGAUAGUGAAUUAUGCCAAACUUCUCCCGACAGAUUGGAUCCUCUUCUUUCAUAUCUAAGCUGCAAUCAGUGAUACCUAUUUCUCCAUUGCCUUGCUGGGGGAUUCGCGCAACAGUGAUAUGUUGCUUUCCUUCUCUAAGAUUGGAGCACUUGUAAAUGGUUAUAGAUGGUUCAAGGUGAUACGAUUACGUCACACUCUACUCCAUGGCCAUUGAGGGUAAAAAUUGAAGGUUGGCUCUACCCAAAUUGGGUGUGUGUAUAAUGUGUAGAAUUUUGGCUUUUGGCCCUCAAUUUUGUAGUUUUUUUUUACAGCUUGCUUUAGUUUUGCUUGCAACCAACAAUUUAUUGCAAUGUGUAUACAAAUGAUUGAAAAAAUAAGAAAGGAAAAAAAAAAAAAAGAUGCCCAAGUAUUGUUUAGACUUCAGCUCAAUAGGAGUAUAAUACUUUUUAUCCCUUUCA